AUGUGGAUCCAAUCUGUCUACAUCACACUUAUGAUUGUCAUCGCUGAAACGGAAUUUGACGGAUCAGGAGACUCUAACGACGAAGAAGAAAACUUUGGCUCAAUAAAAAUAUCAAGACCAGCAACAGAGGUAGUAACACCUACUGUUUUGAAUGAAGCUGCAGAAGAUACAACAGAUGUGGGGACACCCAAAAAACAUCUCUUCGGAAUCCCUUUCUCAAUAAAAAUUACAAGGUCGGAACAACCGCAGUACGACCGUGGGAAAAUAAGAUGGAGAACUGUACCUACACCACCGCCUUCAACCACUUUUUCAACACUUAUAACCCAACGACCGCCAUCGCAUCUGAUAAAAAAUGAAAUGAUGAAUCUGAAACGACUAGUGGAAAACAGUGAUAGCGAUGAAGAUCUCCAAAUGAUCUGUAAAAAUGCAAAACGCCUGGCGACUACUUAUGGAAUUCGCGACAUGCCAUCUUUUGCAAGGAAAAAUUGCCCGUUGAUACGCAUAUACUAUCCGUACGCUACCUGUGAACAGGUAGUCGAGACUAUAGACUAUUGCUUUAACUCUUUCAUACCUUUAGAUUCUGAAGCGUUCGUGCCAAUUCGUAUGCAUUUAAUCCUAUUGAUGACAAGAGAACAGUUAGAAAGUAGCAUUAGUGCUUGCAAUCAUCUCUCAUGGGCCCCACCCCUUUCGCAGUAA